AUUGCCCUGGUCCCGACCCAUCGAACAGACAACAGUGAGCCGGGCGCAUUUCAGAACCUGAGAGCUGUCCAUCGUGCACGAGCCAGUUGAAAAGUGACGGGGAUAAUGGCCAAGGUGAGGCAGGUGGGCUUACUGGCAGCCGGCUGUCAGCCCUGGAACAAAGACGUGUGUGCUGCUAGUGGAGACCGCUUCGCCUACUGUGCUACUUUGGCUAUAUACGUCUACCAGUUGGAUCAGCAGUACAAUGAGUUUAAGUUGAGGUCCAUCAUGUCAGAACACAAGAAGACCAUAACAGCUAUCAGCUGGUGUCCUGACAACCCUGAUCUAUUUGCGUCAGCAUCAGCUGAUAACCUGCUCAUCGUGUGGAACGUAGCAGAACAGAAGACUGUUGCCAGACUGGACAAUACCAAAGGUGUUCCUGCAUCAGUGAGUUGGUGCUGGAACUUUUCUGACAGAGUGGCGUUUGUCUCCCAACGUGGCCCGCUAUAUAUCUGGGUAUAUGGGGGUGCUGACCCUGGGGUCACAGUGCAUAAAGAAGCCCACUCCUUCCUAUCUGAUAUCUGUCUCUUCAGAUGGCACCCCACCAAGAAAGAGAAACUUGUGUUUGGACACACAGAUGGAAGUUUGUCUGUUUUUCAGCCAGGGAGUAAAGGCCAAAAGCAUGUGUUGCGUCCAGAGUCGUUAGAAGGGACAGAUGAAGAGGACCCAGUCAGUGCUCUUGAAUGGGACCCUUUGUCAACUGACUACUUAUUGGUGUCUAACCUUCAUAAUGGCAUCAGGCUGGUGGACAGCGAGGCCUUGGCUUGUAUCACCGUUUUCUGCUUCCCCUCAGCUGCUGCAUCAGUUCAGUGUUUGGCAUGGGUCCCGUCUGCACCAGGCAUGUUCAUCACUGGAGACUCCCAGGUUGGAGUCUUGAGGGUAUGGAAUGUGUCACGCGCCACUCCUUUGGACAGCUUUAAACUGAAAAAAAAUGGAUUUCAUGCUUUGCAUGUCUUAAACUCCCCGCUUGCUAAGAAAGCUCAGAGUUCCUGUUCUCCCAGUGAAGGUCACCACAUCAGUUCCACCAGUGAGGCUGUACCUCCUCCAACCUUGACUCAGAACUGGUCCUUCUCUCUGCCUCCCGGCCAUGCCGUGUGCUGUUUUAUGGAUGGAGGAGUGGGACUCUAUGACAUGGGUGCCAAGAAAUGGGACUUCCUACGGGACUUGGGUCAUGUAGAGACUAUUUUUGACUGUAAAUUUAAGCCAGAUGACCACAACCUACUGGCCACAGCUAGUUUUGAUGGAACCAUCAAAAUCUGGGACACAGACACACUAACAGCGGUUUACACCUCCCCCGGCAAUGAAGGAGUGGUCUAUUCCCUGUCCUGGGCUCCAGGAGACCUGAACUGCAUUGCAGGCGCAACAUCUCGAAAUGGAGCGUUCAUCUGGGACGUCCGGAAAGGAAAGAUCAUCACUCGCUUUAAUGAGCAUGGUAAGAAUGGUAUAUUCUGUAUAUCAUGGAGCCAUAAGGAUUCUAAGAGGAUUGCUACUUGUAGUGGAGAUGGAUUCUGUAUCAUCCGGACCAUUGACGGUAAAAUCCUCCAUAAGUACAAACAUCCUGCUGCUGUGUUUGGUUGUGAUUGGAGCCAGAACAACAAAGAUAUGAUAGCAACGGGCUGUGAGGAUAAAAAUGUUCGUGUGUACUACUUGGCCACCAGCUCCGAUCAGCCUCUAAAGGUUUUCACUGGGCACUUAGCGAAAGUAUUCCAUGUCCGCUGGUCUCCACUUAGAGAAGGAAUACUCUGCUCUGGAUCAGAUGAUGGCACUGUUCGUAUAUGGGACUAUACACAGGAUGCGUGUAUCAAUGUGUUGAGUGGUCAUGCAGCUCCUGUCAGAGGCUUGAUGUGGAACACAGAGGUUCCUUACCUCCUCAUUUCAGGUUCUUGGGAUUAUACAAUCAGAGUGUGGGACACAAGAGAUGGCACAUGUCUGGACACGGUCUGUGACCACGGAGCUGAUGUCUAUGGUUUAACAUGUCAUCAGAGUCGUCCAUUCACUAUGGCCAGCUGUAGCAGAGACAGUACAGUAAGACUUUGGUCUCUCACACCCCUCAUCUCUCCACUGCUGCUGAACAUCCUCACAAACCAGCCUUGGGAAAAGAUAAUAGGAAACACAGACACGGCUAUGGUUGCCGGCUCUCCUCCGCUGCUCUGUGGUAAAGUGUCUCGUGACAUCAAGCAGGAGCUGGAUAAAUGUAGCUCUGACAUCAUGGCCAAGAAGCUCCGCUGGUUCUCUGAAUGUUUUUCGACUCCUGGAGGCAGCAGCAAUCUGUGGGAUUUGGUGUCAGUGAUUAAUGGCCAGGACGACUCAUUGCUACCACCCAGCUACAGUAAAGGAGUGAUGCACAUGAAACAUCUGCUCAAGUUCAAAACGUCUGAAGCCCAGGAGCUCACUAUAGUCAAGAUGUCUAAAUUUGGAGGAGGUAUCGGAGCUCCAAGUAAAGAGGAGAGGCUGAUAGAAGCAGCUAACAUCCAUCUGAGACUUGGUCAGAUUCAACGAUACUGUGAAUUAAUGGUGGAGCUGGGACAGUGGGAGAAAGCAUUAUCUGUGGCACCAGGAGUCUCCAUGAAGUAUUGGAAGAAACUCAUGCAGAGGAGAGCUGACCAGCUGAUGGGUGAGGAUAAUGAUGAUGCUAUCCCAUACUGCAUCGCUACAGGAGACAUUAAAAACCUUAUAAGUUUCUUCACUGGUCGUGGACAACUGCUCGAAGCAUUAAUAAUAGCACAGGGAGCAUGUGAAGGAAACAUUCGUGCACCUCAAAGCUCCCAAGCUAACCCCACGACCAAUGACAUGGAUAACAGACUGCAAUACCAGAGUCUCCUCCAAACGGUAUGUAAGGAACUAGCUGAGUGGUACUUUCAGGAUGGAUGCUCUGUCCUGGCAGCAUGCUGCUACCUUGCUGUGGACAACAUUAAGUUAGCCAUGUCAAGUCUUAUCCGAGGUAAUGAGCUGGAGUUGGCGGCAUGUGUGGGUAUUGGCCUAGGAGAGGCAGCUAAACAGAGCACUUCAUACUGUCUUGAACUCUUGGCGAGGAAAUACAUGACAACAACAACAUGGGCGCUUGCAGUUGACCUACUGAAAAUGAUUCCUGACAACCACAUUCUGUUGGCUAAGCUGUGUGCUUUUUACCCAGGAAGUGUUGCUGAAAUCAACCAAUUUCAUGAAAGUUGCGGUCUCCCUUCCAUAGAGGAAUGUAAGGCCCUAGCGGAAACAGCCAUGUGUGAAGGAGAUUUGUUUUCUGCAGUAAAAUUCCACCUGCUGAGCUCAGAACCUGACAUCGCCCUUAGGAUAGGGCUAGAUCAUGUUAAAGAACAGCUGACUCGACCUGAUUGGACAGUGGAUAUUGUUCAGCCAAUCCUGGACCUGAUGAGUUACAUCAGAACUGACUGCCUCAUCAUGGCUAAGUUGACUGGAGCCCGCAGUGAGCUGUUGAUCUUGUGUGGUUACAUUGGAGGUCUGCUGGCCAUCAGAAGACAGUACUCUAGCAUCGUGCCUGCCCUCUAUGAAUACACCAGUCAGCUGAUGAAGCGGAGGGAAGUGUGUGUUCCUCUGAAUAUUGAGCAGCUGUCUGUGGAGCUGGAUGUCUGGAGGGCCUGCACACAAAGUAACAGAAAUCCUGCAUCAGAUUGUCAAAGAGAGUUGUUCAGCCACCUCGAGAGGAGAAUCCAGCCAACACAACCUGAUGGUUUAGUUCUGUGUGGUGCUGAUUAUGUGACAGGCUCCAAUCUGCCAAGCCACUCAGAUGUUCAACUGUCGUGUUUCACUGGACACAGAAUAAAGGGUCCAGUUUUUUUGCUGGAGGAUGAUAAAUCAGCAAUCUCUCUUAAUGAUGCCUUAAUGUGGGCAGAAGUCAAUCCUUUCUCUCCCCUGGGAACAGGAGUUCGCAUCAACCCCUUCUAACACACACACACACACACACACACACACACACACACACACACACACACACACACACACACACGGACAGAAACAUUUAAAGUAGGGUUGUCAAUAGAUUUAAAAAAUGAACAAAUUAAUUGCACAUUUUGAAAUUCAAAAUGUGAAUGUUGUAAUGGUACAAUCUUGUUGUUAAUGAAUGUUUGUUUUUCUUCUAAAGAUUAAAUCUUACAAGUAAUGAGUCACUUUAGAAAGUGUGUAUUUUAGACACUGUUGUUUAAUUGUUAAUGUUAUUUUAAACACAAAACUACACAUAUUUGAUCAUCUUGGAGGCAGAAUUCCACCGGGGUAAAUAUGUUGAACUAGCGACUUUUCCUUCUGUCCUCGUCCGGUCCGUUUGACACUCACCACACUUUUUUUUGACAUGUGGCGGAAUUCCUCUGCACAGUCCUCUGCUGUAUGUAAAGCCCAAAUAAGAACCUAAAAAUGUGUGGAAUUAUUAAAGGUGCAACG